UUUUCACGUUGUUGUUGUGGAAGAUUGAACAAAAUAAAGCGAUAAUUCUUUUAAAUAUUUAUUAAGAUCAGCACAAAUUGUAAACAUGACAGCUGAAAGUCCACUUAGUCCAUAUGAAGAUGGAGAAAUUGACCCUCAAGUGUGGCAGUUACCUGUAGCCUUAAAUGAAGCUCGUCAUUGUGAAAGCAUCACUGGAUGCAACUCCCUUGCUCAACAUGCACAGUCAUGGAGAAUGAAAGAAAGAAUGAAAACAGUCAGUGUUGCCUUGGUUUUAUGUUUAAAUGUUGGAGUAGAUCCUCCCGAUAUUGUUAAGACUUCACCAUGUGCCAGAUUAGAAUGUUGGAUAGAUCCACUUUCUAUGAAUGGUCAAAAGGCCUUAGAAACGAUAGGAGCUCAACUACAGAAACAAUAUGAACGCUGGCAACCCAGAGCAAGAUAUAAACAAAGCUUAGAUCCUACUGUUGAAGAGGUUAAAAAACUAUGCACAUCUCUCAGAAGAAAUGCAAAGGAAGAAAGGGUUUUGUUUCACUAUAAUGGACAUGGUGUUCCCAGGCCAACAAUAAAUGGAGAAAUAUGGGUUUUUAAUAAAAAUUAUACACAAUAUAUACCAUUAUCAAUAUAUGACUUACAGACAUGGAUGGGUAGUCCAUCUAUAUAUGUUUAUGAUUGUUCUAAUGCCAUGAUGAUUGUAGAUUCAUUUAAACAGUUUGCAACACAGCGUGAACAGGAACAAGAGAGUACAACUGUGAAUGGUGGACAUUGGAGUGGAUCGGGUAGUAAUACAACUAAACAUUGUAUACAGUUAGCAGCCUGUGGGGCGAAUGAACUUUUACCUAUGAACCCUGACCUUCCAGCGGACCUCUUCUCUUCCUGUUUAACUACACCAAUCAAAAUAGCACUCAAAUGGUAUGUUUUACAAAAUACAAGUAAACUUGUACCAGGUUUAACUCUAGAAAUGGUUGACAAAAUUCCUGGUCAGUUGAAUGACAGAAGGACGAUGUUAGGUGAAUUAAAUUGGAUAUUUACAGCAAUAACCGAUACAAUAGCAUGGAACACAUUACCCAGAGAAUUAUUUCAGAAAUUAUUUCGACAGGAUCUGUUGGUUGCUAGUUUAUUUCGUAAUUUUCUGCUGGCAGAAAGAAUUAUGAGAUCGUAUAAUUGUACACCAGCUUCAAGCCCUAAACUACCUCCAACAUACCAACAUCCCAUGUGGCAAGCGUGGGAUCUAGCAUUAGAUUUAUGUUUACGGCAACUGCCUCAGAAAGGAGAUGAUGAUGGAGCGGUCGUAGCUCACAGUCCGUUCUUCGCGGAACAAUUAACAGCUUUUCAAGUCUGGUUAUCCUAUGGUUAUGAAGAGAGACGACCACCAGAACAGCUACCUAUAGUUUUACAGGUUCUACUUAGUCAAGUUCAUCGACUCAGAGCUUUGGAUUUAUUGGGGAAAUUUUUAGAUUUGGGUCCGUGGGCUGUUAGCUUGGCUCUUUCUGUCGGAAUAUUUCCAUAUGUAUUAAAACUACUUCAAAGUUCAGCUCGUGAACUCCGACCUCUACUUGUUUUUAUUUGGGCAAAAAUAUUAGCUGUUGACAGUUCUUGUCAAGCUGAUCUUGUUAAAGAUAAUGGUCACAAAUAUUUUCUCUCUGUGUUGAGUGAUAGUUAUAUGCCAGCUGAUCAUCGUACUAUGGCAGCUUUUGUUUUAUCUAUGAUUGUAAAUGACUACAGGCAAGGACAAGAGGCAGCUUUACAAGGAAGUGUAAUAUCAAUAUGUUUAGAACAGAUUACUGAUUCUAAUCCAAGAUUUAGACAGUGGUUAGCUCUAUGUUUAGGCAAGGUAUGGAUCAAUUUUGAUAAUGCUAGAUGGUGUGGUGUACGAGAUAGUGCUCAUGAAAAACUGUAUAAUCUACUGAGUGAUCCCUGUCCGGAGGUUCGUGCUGCAGCUGUUUAUGCUUUAGGUGCAUUUAUUAGUUCUUCAUCAGAAAGAACAGAUCAUGCCAAUAAUAUAGAUUUAGGUGUUGGGAUGAAAUUAACACAAGUUGGUUCCGAUGGUAGUCCUUUAGUUAGAAAGGAAUUGGCCGUAGCAUUUGGAGCUUUAGUUGUUCAGUUUGAAACUCAUUUUGCUGCGGUAGCUUGUCAGGUAUUGGAUGACGAUAAGAAGGAGUUAAAACAUGGUCCGAUGGUGACGUCAGAAACCGCUGGUGGGUGGAAUCUCGUUAAUCAGACUGAUCCAUUUCUGUCACCUUUCCCAUCAAACAUUAAACGCAGCGCAUCAAGAAAUAGUCUUAAAGAGAGGGGCCCAAAUUCUAAUCUAAGCACCAUAUUCACGCAAAGCAGCACAACAAAUCUCGAAGGUUUAGACGGAUCUCUCGAACGAUCACGAAGAUUUUCAUCGAGUACUUCACUUGCAGGAUCAGCAAUAAGCUUUAAUAAUGUUUAUCUCAGUGUGUGGCGGACUUUACUUCAACUAGCCAUGGAUGCUCACCCAGAAGUAGCAGAAAUGGCCAAGGCCAUCGUCAACUCAGUCAAACAUCGGGCAUCGACUAAUGCCAAACCUAAACCAAUGCAAUCUAUUCAAAAUACCAAUUCAGCACCAUCAAGUCCUUCUAAUAAACCUCCAGUACAAAUGAUAAUAGGUACACCACCACAGAAUAACGGAUCUACGAUGGAAGAAAGUAAAAAUCGUGAUCUCCACUCACCAUCUAGACAACCUGGAUCCCAUCCACAUUCUGUACAGUUUCCUAGAUCACGGAAAAUGUUUGAUAAAGGUCCUAGUCAUAAAGAUGACAAAGAUGAUGAACCCCCACCUACUAAAAUAGCUGGGGAUGUCUGUACCGAGUUCUUUCAAUGGAGUUGUUCUUAUUUUGCUAAACCUGUGAUGAGAUUAUCUGAAGAGAAGGAUCCUGAGAGUGGGUUACAUCAAGAACGAGAUUUCAGAUUAUUCCGUAACUCUCGGGUUCGACAAGAAGCCAGAGAGGAGCAGACACGAGCAGGUUUUAAUAGAUUAGAUGAUCAGGUAUUUGUCAAUCGUAAUAUUGGUAUACCAUCUGUCAUCAAGUUUCAUCCCUAUCAAUCAUAUUUAGCUGUUGGUGAUAAAGAAGGGGUUAGUAUAUGGGAUUGGGAACAAGGAACUAAAUUAAGCUAUUUAAAUAAUGAAAACCCAAAACAUAGCCGUAUAACUGCCAUGGAUUUUGUCAAUGCUCAUGACAAAUCUUUAUUAUUAUGUGGUUCAGAUGAUGGAGCUGUUAGAAUCUGGAGAAAGUAUAUGGAAGAUGAAGGCAAAGGAAAAGAAUUAGUGACAACAUUUCAAGCUUUAUCUGACAUGCUACCAUUAACUAGAGGUUCUGGUUUAGUGACAGAAUGGGAACAAGAAACAGGAAUGUUAAUAUCAUCUGGUGAUGUGAGAAUUAUUAGAAUCUGGGAUACACAAAAAGAACUCAAAUUACAGGAUAUACCGACGGGAGCUGAUAGUUGUGUAACUAGUUUAUCAUGUGAUAGUAGUGGUAGAUCAUUAAUUAUUGCUGGUUGUGGUGACGGAACAGUUCGAUUAUUUGAUAGAAGACUUGCUCCUUCAGAAUGUCGUGUGAUGACUUUACAAGAACAUGGCAGUAUGGUGGUUAAAGUUCAUCUACAAAAAGGCACAGAAGGAAAAAUUGUUAGUGCUAGUACUGGUGGGGAUAUAAGAUUCUGGGACCCUAGGUUUACCGAGUCUGUUAGUAAUUUCCCUACACAGACGAGUCUCACAUCAAUGGAGGUUCAUCCACGAGCUGAUGUUAUAGCAUGUGGAGCGUUAAAUCAGUCUAUUGUGGUAUAUAAUCAAUCUGGUGACAAUCUAUCCACGAUAAAAUACCACGAAGGUUUUCUAGGACAGAGAAUAGGCACCAUCAGUUGUCUAGCUUUUCAUCCUUAUUUUGUUAAAUUAGCCGCAGGAAGUACAGAUUCGUUUGUAUCAGUGUAUUCGACACCUGCUAGUACUAGAAGAAGCUGACCCUAACUCUAUACUAUAACCAGAUUUUAUAAACUUUGUGAUAUCUUAUUAUUAUGUUGCCAUAUCUCAACAGACUGUUGUUAUUGUUGUUUUCUUUUUAUAAGUAUAAAUAGAUAUGUGGACGACAUGUUCUUUAGUCAGGAAAUAUUUAAUGAUAAAUUUUUCAACAAUUCCGGGAAAAUUAAGUUCCACCUCAACUCUUAAUUUAGCAAGAAGUUGCAUGUUAAUGACCGUUGCAAGAAGUUGACCGGUGCCAGAAGUUGUAUUUUGACUGUUGCAAGAAGUUGACCGUUGCAUGUUGAAUGUUUUUGCUGUUUGUAAUUUGGAAUGAUUUGAAAGCCAUUUGCAAUGAAUAAAAACGUUUGAUAUAUGCAUCUAAUGUAGUCAAGUCACUGAUGUACUCAUUGUACUGGAUAAUCUAGAUUGAUCCUAUUGAAUACAGAUCACGAUAUGAAUAUACUGUUCUGGAUAAUCUAGAUUAAUCCUAUUGAAUACAGAACACAAUAUGAAUAUACUGUUCUGGAUAAUCUAGAUUAAUCCUAUUGAAUACAGAUCACAAUAUGAAUAUACUGUUCUGGAUAAUCUAGAUUAAUCCUAUUGAAUACAGAUCACAAUAUGAAUAUACUGUUCUGGAUAAUCUAGAUUGAUCCUAUUGAAUACAGAUCACAAUAUGAAUAUACUGUUCUGGAUAAUCAAGAUUAAUCCUAUUGAAUACAGAACACGAUAUUGAAAAAGAUAACCUGUGGUAUAUUUAUUGUUCUAUUUGUGCUGCUAUUUACCAUGGAUGAUUACAUUCUGAUACUAGUUUGUAAGAAUACGUAUCCACCUUAUAAAUACAGGUAGAAAAUACAUGUACCAACUCUAGUGCUGGGUAUUACCACUGCAGUUACGAUACAAUACGUAUUGCGAUUCAGGUGUUACGAUUCGAUUCGUAUCAUGAUUCAUAACCAGGUCAAUAUUGACUCGUUAGUGAAGUUAGGAAGAAAAGGUAAAACUACAAUAAAUAACAUCUAGGUUAAAAAAGGUAGAUUUUGGUAUAUUUAUCCUUAUAAAACCAAUUGAUAUUUGCUAUAUGUAAUACAUGAAUAGUACACGCUGUUUUAUACAAGUCAAUCUUAAUGAUAUAAUAUUUACUGUGUAAAUUUAUCGUAAUUCUUAAAGUUUGAUCUACGAAUGAAAGUUAUCCUGAAUAUUUGCGGUAUGUCGAUAGUUUAAGAUGUACGUCACUUUAACGCUGUCUGAGAUAUCGUUAUUGUUUAAAAUGGACGUCACUUUAACGCUAUCUGAGGUAUCAGGGUUGUUUAAAAUGGACGUCACUUUAACGCUAUCUGAGGUAUCAGGGUUGUUUAAAAUGGACGUCACUUUAACGCUAUCUGAGGUAUCAGGGUUGUUUAAAAUGGACGUCACUUUAACGCUAUCUGAGAUAUCAUGAUUGUUUAAGAUGUACAUUAGGAAGUGUUUCAUUUUGUAGACUUGUUUUAUUAGUGAUAUUUUACAACACAUGCUCACUUUAGUUGGUCUUCCAGUUCAUUGACUUAUUUCACUCUGGCCAUAUUGAUAUUGUUGUAUUACUGUCUUCAAAAAUCUGAGGCCUUUUUCAUGGAAACCUAAACGGAAAUAUUUAAGGACGCAGCCUUUUAAUUGGCUAACAAUUAAAAAUCUCACUAUAAAUUUUAGCUCCUGGCCAAUGAAAAAGCUGCAUCCUUAAAGUAUUUUAGUGUAAGAUUUCUUGACUAAGGUCCGAGAUGAUAGUUACUUUUUGUUUAUGUUGUAGUUGGGGGUUAGAUGGCCUAGUGGUUUAACACGUGGCCUGAAAUAAUAAGGUCUGUCCUGUGUGGUUUCGAUUGCCUACUUGAACGUGACAAGGAAUAAGGUCGCUUGUCCAACCUCUUGGGUUUUCUGCCACUGCAAAAGACCGCUACGCGCAAGUGAAUUAUUGAAAUAAAAUUGAACCAUAUGUUAGUCCUGAAAUGACCUAGUUUGUGUCGAGUGGACGUUAAACCCCAUCUCUCUCUCUCUUAGAUCCAAAUUAUUAGGCUUAAUAUAUUAUUGAAUUAAAGCACAUUUUUUGAGAUCCAAACUUAUUUUAAGGGUAAUUAAUGUAAUUCAAAAUAGUAAAGUAUGAAUAUCAAGUACCUAUUCUUGGUGGAUUAGGUGAACUAUUUUUUUACCUCUAUCUCUCUCUCUUUCUCUCUCUCUCUCUCUAUCUCUCUCUCUCCAGAUAUCAUCACCAAUCUGAUAUUUAGACAAUGAUAUAUAUUCUACUGAAUAUUCUAGAGGUUUUAGCCAGUCAGGGAACGCCAAUGUAAUGAAUUCAAAAAGACGACAAAAUUACUUCUGGGAGCUUCAGUAGGAGGCGUGGUCAUUUAUGAGAUCACAGGUCAACGGGUUAAGGACGAAUAAUCUGUUUCUAUUUAAGUAUCUUUUCUUCAUAUUGAUUUAUUUCAAAUUAAUGUUUUAAAAUCAAAUAUGUCAAAAUAGAAAUUUUAAUAAAUUACUCAUGUCAAGAAUAGAUGGAUGCUUGAAAACUCAAACUUAAUGCACUAGAGAGGGUCGAUGGUAUUUUGUUUUUUUGACCCUAUUAUCCCCCCCACACACCCCACACCCACACCCACCCCAUUGUACAGUUUAAAAUAUGUAAUUCAUUUUGUCUUAUUUUUAGAAAUUAUUGGUGCAUUUUGUAUAUUUUGAAGUAUAUUAUUUAAUAGAUUGUAAUUCUACUUUAACUUUGUGUGGUUAGCUAAAUGUGAGUUGAAUGUAUACCUAGAUUACUAUCCUACAACUAACUCUCUGGUGGUAUGUUUACUUGUGUGGUUAGCUAAAUGUGCGUUGAAUAUGUACCUAGAUUACUAUCGCUACAACUCUCUGGUGGUAUCGUUUAGUUGUGUGGUUAGCAGGAGUUUCUGUAUUUAAUAUUUACUUUCAAACCAUUGUUGGAAAAAUUUUCAAAUUUGUUGAGAAUCAUAGAAAACCAUUACCUGAAUUGUAGUGUAUGAAUAUAGGUAAUAUAGGAAGGUAUUUAUUUAUAUUGAUACGGCACCAGACUAUUAAAAAACUUAAAAUAAAGAUACCCUCCUACUUGUGCAUUUCAAUGAAAUCUAAAAUUCCCACAACACACGAGAUUAUUAAACAAGUUAAAAUACAGAUUAAAUCGCCUCUAGAGUCCAAUAUUUCAUCUAGUAUAAAUAAUCUAAGAUUACCACAUUGCCUGUACAGUUAUUUACAGUCUGCUCCUCCUACGCAUACUAUUAUAGUAUUUUGUAGGCUAGGGAAACCACGGUCUAGAGGGGCCAGAUUAAUGGGUGGUGGGGGCUGACAGAGCUCCAGCCAGGUGCCCCCAAAUUAGUUCUAAAUAAAUUUUGUAGCAUAAAUGUCAUUUAUUAUUGGUGUUUUUGUGAGUCGAUUAGAUAAGGUUUUGAUUUGCUAGUACGAUUUGGUAUGAUUUCGAUUUGAUUAGCUAUGGUCCACAAAUGUGAAAUUUGAUAAUUACGAUUUGGUAAGAUGGCUGCCAUCACGGACACCGAUCAGAAAAAAAAAAUGGCUCUGCUAAUUAUUGAUGACUUGUUAAAGACAAAUGAAGGUUAUCUACGCAAAAAAGGAAAAAUGGUUGCCGUUAGAAACAAUCUCCUAUGUCCAACAAGUUCAAGUAUUUUUUUGAAAACUGAAGUGACAAAACAUGUAAAAAGUGUCCUGAGAAAACCUAGGAUCGAGGAAUAUAUUGAAAAAACUGUAAAUGAAUAAAAUUGCUUAGAGGUGAUCUAACAUUCUUGUGGACUAUAAAGUUAACAUUAAACACUUCAAAUGCGUUUUAAAAAAACCCAUUUUUUAUGGAGAAAAACAACAAUAAGCAUUAAAAAUUACAACGUCGAACAUUCCGCCAUUUUGAAGAAGUCAAAUCUAAUCGCCUAAACACCUCCUGGGACGAUUAGUUCGAUUUGCCUAAUCAGUUGAGUUAAAUCAUCUCACAAAUGUAACGAUUAGCAUAAUCAACUUGGUUCACAAAUAUGUAUAAUAGCUAAUCGGUCUAAUCUAAUCGGUUCACAAAAACGUCUUUAGUUGUAUAUGUUUGUACCAAAUAUAUCUAUCUACCUACCAUACUGACAAAAAAACUAUGUUCCCGCUGUAAGAGCACCAGUGCCAUUUUCAGCCAGAGGCCCCUGGGGAAUUUUUAGCCAGGGACCCGGAUCACAUUUUUCAGCUAGUUGCCCCAUGCAAGCUUAAUCCUGCCCUGCAGACUAGUGAACCCCUUUCAAUUUUCAAUUUUUCAAAGUUAGUUCAAUAAAUCACAACAUAGAUUGUAAUUUGUGAGUAGAUAAUUAGAUUUAUGCAAAUGUUGAAUAUAAUUUCUCAAAAUUUAAAUUGUAAUUAUAAUUUCACAAAAUUGUAAUUAUAGUUUCACAAAUUAAAAUUGUAAUUAUAGUUUCACAAAUUAAAAUUGUAAUUAUAGUUUCACAAAUUAAAAUUGUAAUUAUAGUU